AUGAGAAUAGCGGGCGCAGGCCUUGGCUCGCCGCCGCUGCUGCUGCUGCUGCUGAUCCUUUCCUGUGUCGCAACCGUAACGCCGCUGCGUCUGACCGCCUACAUAUCGUCGGGCGGCCUGCACGGCGAGGUGCGCUUCGAGCCCGGCAGCAGCGGCCCCGACUCCGUCCACCUUCGGGUCUCGCUCAAGCCCACCUUCCAGUAUCCGAUCCAGCUGUGGUCAUGGGCCCUCACCGAGUUCCCCGUCGACUACCGCCGCAUCGGCGAGGAUCGCUGCGACGAGCGCCUGCUCGGCCGAAGUCUCGUCGAUCUGACGGACGUCGUCGGGCCGCUGGUCUUUCCGGGCAACGAGACCGUCUCCCUGGACGUGGCGCAGGGGCUGGCGCUCACGGGCGAGCGGGGUUUAGCGGGCAAGGGCCUGCUGAUGCGCGACCAGCAGAACGAUCGCACGAUCUGCGCCUCGAUCUCGGUGCACGACAGGCGCUCGGAGAGGACGGCCGAGGCGCGAUUCCAGGGCGCGGUGCAGGGCAGCGUGUGGUUCCGCUGGUUCGGCAGCCGUAGCCCUAGGGGCAUCGCCGACGCGCUGGUCCAGGCGGAUCUGCGACACACCGAGCCGGCGGCGGCCGAGAACUUCACCGAGCACAGAUGGAAGAUCUUCGUGACCGACGUCUACGACGGCUUCCAGGAGCAGCAGAACAACUGCAACGUCCUGCAGACGCUGUUCGACCCGGACAACUCGGGUCCGGGCAAGGCGAUCGGCGACGUGGACGGCCGCGUGGGCAAGCUGCGCGUGGCUGCAGCGCGCUCCGAUCGGCCGAGCGCCAAGCGAGCCUAUCGCGAUCCCCGACUGGAGCUGCUGCCCUACGAUCUGCUGCUCGGCGCGCAUCGGGCCCUCUAUCUAGUCAUAUUCCAUCCGAGCCACGAGGACGUGAUUCUGACCUGCGCCAGGAUCAAGCCGCGCAGGCCCAUCGUCGCCAAAGCCAUUAUUAAUUCGCGCGGCCUCCGAGGCGAGGUGACCCUCACCCAGGACACGCCGUUCACGCACACCUGGGUCAACGUGUCGCUCGCCCCGAUCAACGACCUCAUCGUCCGUUACAACUACAAUUACCACGUGGCCUCGUAUCGCGUGCACGAGCUGCCGCGCGAGCUCGAGAAAUUCCUCGGCGACCAGGACGAGGAGCCCUGCGCCACGACCAAGCGCAUGUACGAUCCGCUGCGCCUGGAGAACUCCGGCCAGCCCAGCCACUUGAAGCCCCCGCCGGGUCUCGGCAGUCAGGACCAGUACGCCGUGGGCGAUCUCUCCGGCAAGCUGCAGGAUCGUAAGGAGGGCUCGCUGCAUCUCGACAUCGAGCACGGCAGCGCCAAGCUCGCCGGCAUCUACUGGGACGCGUAUCUGCCGCUGUCGGGCCUGCACAGCGUGGCGCACAGAUCGCUCGUGGUGCACCGUCACAGGUCCGACGACGACCCGACACCAGUGCCCUGGGUCUGCGGCACUCUGGCCCUCCAAGCGGCCGACGGCUCGGGUCGCCUCGCCAUGACCACGGCCCGGGCCAUCUUUCGCUAUCCGCUGGUGGGCCAGAUCGUGAUACGCCAGCCGCAGAACGAUCCGGACGCGGACGCCACGAUCAUCGUCGAGCAUCUGGUGCACGCGGACGGCAGCACACUGAACGACACGCACGAGCAUCGCUGGAUGAUACACGCCAACGCGCCGGGCAAGGACUACUACAACUGGACGGCGAGGUGUCUGAGCGCCGGCGAUCCCUACAAUCCCUGGAAGAUCAAGUGGGACAACAACGACUCGUCGAGCCAGCAGCAGCAGCAGCAGCGACGCUGCGGGCCCGAGGACGCGACCUUCUGCCGGGUGGGCGAUCUCGAGAAGAGGCACGGCUGGCUCGACAUCGCCGGCCAGAAGGCCAACGCGCUGGCCCUGACGAGGAGGCUGUUCACCGAUCCGCUCGUGGCCCUCUCGGGCCCCGCGAGUAUAUUCGGCAAGAGCAUUGUCAUCUACGACGAUCACGGGCCGAAGGCGCGAGGCGAGAGAUUGGCCUGCUCGAUCAUCUCCGGGAUGAAUCGGAGAAAGGCCGUGGCCAGGGAUUGGUUCGGCAACGGCGAGGAGUCGAAGAUCGACGGUAAGCUGGAAUUCAUUCAGGAGAGCCCGUACGACGUGACCGACGUCGAGGUCCACCUCGAGGGUCUGGAGACAAAGAUGAGCGGCUAUCACGUGCACAUGACACCCGUGGAGAUCGAUCUGGAGUUCCCGUGCGACGACACGACCCUGUACGGCCACUGGAAUCCUCUGGGCGUCGACCCGAACUCAGCCCCACCCCCGACGACGGGCAGCAGCGACCAGUACGAGCUCGGCGAUCUCAGUGGCAAGUUCGGCACCCUGGACGGCCGCAAGCUCUACGACAGCGUCUACAACGACACCCAACUGCCGCUGUUCGGGCCCCGAAGUAUAAUCGGCCGCAGCGUCGUCGUGCACAAGAAGGAGAAGAACGCCAGGUGGGCCUGCACGACCAUCGAGCGCGGCUACUCGCCCUCGGAGGCGCGCGAGAUCAGGGCCAUCGCGUCGUUCCAUCAUCCCAAUGGAUUCGCUUACGGAUACAUCAGAAUGACUCAACUGAUCUAUAAAGACGGAAGCCAGAGCGACACCGUGAUCGAGGUGAACUUGCGACAUCCUGGAAAGUACAACACCAACGUCACGAGAAAUCACAAUUGGGCCAUUUACGUGAAUCCGGUGGGCGUCGACGCCACCGUCAAGGUCAGAAAUACGAGAUGCGUCGCGGGCGGCUACAGAUGGAAUCCCUACUUCACCCAGCUAGCCGAUCCACUGAACGAGGACCUGUACAGGCAGGAGUGCGGCCGGGACCUGCCGCUGCGCUGCCACGUGGGCGACGUGUCGGCGCGCGUCGGCCCGAUCGACAUCGACCAGCGACGCCAGGUGCUCGUCGAUCCGAAUUUCCCGCUCGAGGGCGCGGUCACCGCGAUGGGCAAGUCCAUCGUGAUUCUCGAGCCCGACUUCGGCCACUAUCCCUUCGCCUGCGCCAACAUCGAGCCGGACAACGACAUCAUCAAGUACGUCAACAUAAGGAAACCACCGCGAUUCGUGGCGGCUCAAUUCUUGGAGGAAGUUCAGGAGGUUCUGGGCGUUCCCGAGUGGAUGCUGUCGCUCGACAAUAGAAAAACCAAAGUUUUACACAACGGCGACUGCAUACAAUUUUUGAUGCACUUCAAAGGUCCGAUCGUCGCCAAACUAGAGCAAGAUUUCAAUAGGCUACUGAUGACCGGUAAGCAAGCCGAGCCGAGCUUGGCGAUUCCCGGCUACGUGCCGAACAAGCGCAAAACCACGCUGGGUUACAGACUCUGCGAAGCCUGGCAGUCGCAGAAAAAUAAAGAGAGGACUUUUAAAUUUUACUACGGAGCGGGCUCGAAUCUGACUCCGUCGUUGAUGAUGACUUGGUUGAUCAGCGUCAGCCUCGUCCUGAGAGCGUUGCUCCUCUAA